AUGGCCGGAGCUGCUCAGCGACAUUGCAAAGGGGAAAUCCCAACGAGAACCGAUCCCGGCGGAGGCAUACCAGAUCAAGGACAGCAGGGCUGCCCUCAUUACUUGAGACACAUACGUAAUGUUGCGAACAGCAAGACGAGAUAUGGCGGACGUUCCUACAACGGCAGAUAUACGGUACAAAUCAGCGGAUGGCAAAAUGGAAUACGUGUUCAUCAGUCUUCAAUAACAUGCCCUGCUCAUCCCAUCUGUGAAAUACUUAAUUGCUCCUUAUGUCUGGAAAAAAUCUACAAUAGUCAGUGCUUGACUAAGCUCGAGAUCCUGCUCGCCACGGCAUCCGUCAUGCUCAUCAUAUCAAUGUAUUGGAUUCUCAACCCAAUACUUUUCGUCAUCAGAAGGCUUAUCAAACUACUCCUACUCGUCUUCAAAUGUUUCUUAACAAUCAUACGGAAAGCCAAGAGGACUCAGAAACAAAUCGAUCCCAACUCAUUUUCCACUCCUUUCCGGACAUACACUCGUGCAAAGCGACGCCCACGCUCACUGAAGAACUCGGCAUUACUCAUCACGAUUUUGGUCUUCGUAAUGAGCGAAAGACACACAUACGGUUGCUCAGAUGUUGUUUUAAUAACUAGUACGACAGAAUCGUGCUCUAAGGUCAAUUCAACUCGAACAUGCACGUUCAAUCAAGGUGUCGUCCUGACCCUCCAGCCACUUGGCCAGGAUCUUUGUCUAUGUUUGAGAAAUGACGAUAACGAACCAGUCGGUCUACUAUCGCUGCGGAUAAAAAGUAUUUUCCACGUGUGCCAAAAGAAGAUUGAAUUCUUUACUCGCGAUCAUGAAUUCAACUCAGAAUCUUCCCACCGAUGCUACAAGGCAGGAAGCUGCAACCGAAUAAAUUGCGACAAUACCAAAACGUCAGAUACGAUAGCUGAGUUCAGCUGGAAAGCUUCUCACCACCCUGGCUUCACAUUUUGCAAGGCCAGCUGUCAAUGUCUGAUGUGCGACGGUUGCUUCUACUGUACGCCGUCAUGCUUAUUUUACCGAUAUUACGCGAAACCAUCAUCGGAUACCUCUACACUGUAUUCACCUGCCCAAUAUGGGAGCUCACAGUUACCACGGAGAUCACAUUUCAACUGCAUAACAAAGAGCCCGAAACACAUCUCAUUGUUCUUCGCCCAGGAAGAACGUCAAGACUCGGAGGACGCCAUGACAAUGCGAGUUCAGGCUAAUGAGCUGACACCUCAAACCCCAGGCCAGUUACAAUGCGCUUCUAAAACGGAUGCAACACAAUUCAAGUGUCAAAUGUCGAUUUUCUCCAAGGACAUGCCCAUGCUCUACGGGGGCCUUCAAAUCCACCUGCACGUGCCCAGAAGGAAAAAUGUCGAAUCAUCGGCAGCACAACACUCUACCCCACAACCAAGAACAUCAUAA